AUGGCGUCCUCCUCUCGCGCCUCCGGGAAACGCCUUCCCAUUAGCUGCCAGGCUUGCCGGACAAGAAAGAUCCGCUGCUCCAGAGAUGGCCGUCCAUGCCAGACGUGCGUCCGCCGCGGCCUCGGUGCUGAGGACUGCAUCUAUCUGGGCCAGCCGAGACUAUCCUCUGAGCAGUCCUCUUCAGCCGAUUCAACAGUGCAGAAUGAACUCCUGGCCCGCAUUCGGAAUUUGGAAGGCCUGCUCCAGAAACAGGUCAACUCUCAGGCUGGCACGCCCACAGGCGGUGCGACGUCUCCUCUGCGCGCUCCCAGCGCGUCUGGAAGCCUCUCAGAAUCCGAUUUCGGCACUGGCUGGGAAACCUGGGGAAGCCCGGUGAUGGGGAAUGUGGGGACUCUGCACACCUCCCCUUCCGGCCAUGUGAAGUAUGUCCCACUCGCCUCGCAAUGGGAAUCCGUUGUUGCGAAAAGCCCCGCUGCGGAGUAUCUGCGGAGUUCUGACUCGGACAUCGCGGACGACGAUGAUCUGCAGAUCCCGCUGGCGCAGAAUGGUGCUGUUUCGCGUGCGGACCUGUUGGCGCUGCUUCCUCCCGGCAGAUACUGUGAUAUCCUGAAGGAAAAAUACUUUCGCGUUUUUUCACCGGUGUUCCAUAUACUUCAUGACUUGACCUUCGAGGCAGAAUACCAGCAAUUCUGUCAUGACCCUGGUAGCGUGUCUACCUCGUGGCUUGCUUUGCUAUUUGCUAUCUUGGCCAUCGCGAUCAGCGCUCUGGAUGACGAUGAGCCUCUUCUGUCUGAUCUCGGCCGUGAGAGGACGGUGAGUCGGAAUGUAAAAGUGCUCUCUGCACGUUACCGGUCUGCUGCUUUACGUUGUUUAGCCGCGGACAGCGUGAUGACCCGCCACUCUAUCAACUCUCUUCAAGCCCUAGUUCUUAUUAGCUACGCACGGCUAAAUCGUGGAUUACCCUUCUGGACACUACUUGGGUUCACACACCACGUCGCUAUAUCGAUGGGCUGCCACAUUGACCCGGAAAGAUUUCAUGUUCUCGGAACCAUUGAGCGAGAAGAGCGGCGCCGAGUCUGGACCGGCCUCAUGAUGCUCUAUACGAUCCAAAACACAUCUUUCGGAAGCCUCGACCAACAAACACUCUCUCAAGACGUCAAGAUGCCUGCCGACGUGGACGACGUCGACCUCCUCACUGGGUCUACCGUUUCAAUAACGUCCGACCCAUCGUCUCCUACUCCAUCCCGUCCAACCCAAAUGACCUACCUGCUGCUUACAUUCCGCCUCCACCGUAUCUCUAACCGCAUAUGCGAAUCAAUCUUCGCCUAUCCACAGUCCCGCUUCACCACUUCACAACUUGAAGCCGAGAUUCUUGCCGUCCGCGAGGCAUGUGACCUGCGGUAUAACACAGACAACAGCAAGGAGCCGCUACCCCUGCACCACCAAGCAAACCUCAACAUCCUCUACUCCCAGAUCCACCAAUUGCUCCUUCUCCUCCACCGGCCUCAACUGUGCCGGUUCCUCCAGGGCGAGAUCACGUCUGAGACAUGCGCCUCGCGAGCGAAAUGCAUGGUCUCCGCCAAAGCCUCACUCUCAAUCUUUCAAUCCCUCCUCGAAUCCACCCAGUUUGCCCCUUAUAAGUGGUAUACCAGUGGCCUGGGCAGCUUCCAUGCUUUCCACGCUGCCGUCGUCCUCGCCAUCGGCCUCUUCAACCCCGAAUCUCAGGCCGAGUUUGACGAAACGAAAGAAACUCUGACCAAAGCGCUGGACAUGUUCGCCUCGCUCUCCGUGCGCAGUAUUUUCUGCAGCAAGGCUGUCCCCAUCGUCCGACAGAUUAUUGACGUCGCAAACACCAACUACACCCAACUCCAACAACACUCCAAGUCCCAAUUCCAAGCCCAUCUCCAAGCCCAGGCGCAGGCGCAGGCACAAGCACAAAUACAAGCCCAGGCCCAGUCCCAAAUGCUCACUUCUCUUGCUCCGAGCCUCUCUUCCGUCAGUAUGACCGAUAGUUUCGCCCUCUCACAUCCCCAGUCACAUUCGCCUGUACCCACUGUCGCCUCGACCUCAAGCGAUCCCACCAUGUCCUCCAGUUUCGGCGUCCACCUCCAUCCGCAAAACUGGAUGGGCCCGACAUCAGUGCCGUGGGAUACGCUAGGGGCGUCGAUGGGACAGUUUGGCUUUGAUGGGAACGGGGUCGCAUAA